AUGCCUGGCUGCUCUAUCGGUUUUAGUUAUGUUAAAACAUCAGAAUUUUAUAGAUAUUCUCGACAGUUGCGCUAUGAAGUUGACCAAGCAUUGAAUUACUUUCAGAAUGUUCACCAGCAGCCCUUGUUGGACAUGAAAUCAAGCCGCAUCCGUUCUGCCAAACCCCAGACAACAGUAUUCCGAGGAAUGAUUGGACAUAGCAUGGUUAACAGUAAAAUACUUCUAUUAAAGAAACCAAGAGUCUGGUGGGAACUGGAGGGCCCACAAGUACCUUUACGUCCAGACUGCCUUGCUAUUGUCAAUAACUUUGUGUUCCUGUUAGGUGGGGAAGAGUUGGGCCCAGAUGGUGAAUUCCAUGCUUCUUCCAAAGUGUUCAGGUAUGAUCCAAGACAAAAUUCUUGGCUGCGAAUGGCAGACAUGUCUGUGCCACGUUCAGAAUUUGCAGUUGGUGUUAUUGGGAAGUUCAUUUAUGCUGUAGCAGGUAGAACCAGAGAUGAGACUUUCUAUUCAACAGAGAGAUAUGACAUCACCAAUGAUAAGUGGGAAUUUGUGGAUCCUUAUCCAGUUAACAAAUAUGGACAUGAGGGGACAGUACUAAAUAACAAGUUGUUUAUCACAGGUGGAAUCACCUCAUCUUCCACCUCUAAACAAGUGUGUGUGUUUGACCCCAGUAAAGAAGGGACCAUAGAACAGCGGACCAGGAGAACUCAAGUAGUUACCAACUGCUGGGAGAACAAGAGCAAGAUGAAUUACGCCAGAUGCUUUCACAAGAUGAUUUCUUACAAUGGCAAGCUUUACGUCUUUGGCGGUGUCUGUGUGAUCUUGAGGGCCUCUUUUGAGUCUCAGGGCUGCCCUUCCACAGAAGUGUACAACCCAGAGACUGAUCAGUGGACCAUCUUGGCAUCCAUGCCAAUUGGUAGAAGUGGCCAUGGUGUGACUGUUCUGGACAAACAAAUAAUGGUUCUCGGAGGCCUUUGUUAUAAUGGACAUUACAGCGACUCCAUUCUCACUUUUGAUCCAGAUGAAAACAAGUGGAAAGAAGAUGAGUACCCUCGGAUGCCCUGCAAGCUGGAUGGAUUGCAAGUAUGCAACCUGCAUUUUCCGGACUAUGUACUGGAUGAGGUCAGACGUUGCAAUUAAUGACAUCUUUUUCCCCUAAAAAGGCAAAUAAAGCAUUCGUGAUAAAGUAGUUAAUUAAAAAGCAUAAAGAAAAACCUCACCAGUUUUACUGUCAAAGCCAUUAGUCUAAUAUCGUAAGAAUUUUUCAUUCUGUGCUAGCAUCUUUUUUUUUUUUUUGUCUUUUCGGUGGCCUCAGACUCAUGCAAUAAGUUAAUUCUAAGUGCUAGCUCUUGAAACUACUUCCAGAAGCAGUUUGAUAGAAUGCUCCACUUAACUGGUGGAUGUUGAUUUUCUGCUUUAAACAUUUCUUUCAGAUGUUAGUGUAGGAGUCAUGCAUCUUCUAAGAGAAGACCUGAUAAGUGUCACUGGAUGUGAUUUCAGUCCCGUUCUGUAUCUGAAACCUUUUGAACAUUAAUUUCAGUCUGUUAUAUGUUUUGGUUUUAUUAUUUAAAAGUUUAAAACCCAACCUUUUUGCAUGGCUUUUUGCUGAAAAUGCAAAAUAUAAAUUUUCUACAAAACUAACUUUUUAUAUUCAGAACACUAUUUCUAAGCUGCCUUCUCUUACGAAUUGUGUUAGUAAAAGCAUAUCCAUAUUCGCAUACAUCCUAUAAAUAUAUAAGGCACAUCCCUUUUAUGUGUGGUUAGGUUCUAUAUUUUUCAGCUAGUGCACUUGCACACACGGUUCGCCAUCUUUGUUGAAUUUUAUAUGUAAUGUCUUUUCAUGUAUUAAUAUUUUUAGAAAGUUAAAAUAACUGGAGUCCUCAUUUGGUAUCAAAAUAGCCUAUGUCCAUACUGAUUCAGUAAUAUUCAAACUCCUUAUAUUCCUGAAACGUGUGGAUUCAUGAAAAUUAACAUUUUACAUUUUAUUUUCAAAAGUAAACAUUAGUGUUCCUUAUCAAUAUGUGUCUUUUCUUCCUGAAAAUGUUUUUCUUUGUAGUCUGUUUAGUGUUGCCCUGUUUUAGUGAGAAUCAGAGUGGUAUCUGACAAGCUCUGACCCUGCAACGUGCAAGCACUUUUAAAGAGAAGUUAAGUAAUACCAGACUCCUAAAUAAAGGCCCCUUAAAAGUAAGUGCAACUCCCAUUCUUUACACUCAGUAAAGCUGCUGCAUCUGUUUUUUAAUGGAGAGUAGCAACUCUUAGAAAAUUUGAGCUCAGUUUUGACUUUGAGGUAAGAAACAAUUGUAACUGGUUAUAUCUACUUGUUUAUUUUGUACAAAAUAUUCAGUGGCACUAGGGUUGUCAGCUCUCAGCUUUUGUUUUAUUUACUGGAAGCUACUAGCAUGAAGGAUAAUAACCACCAAGUUCAGAAUGGAUCAAGAAUAGUUUAGAAAAAGCAUUUGUAAAUUUUUUAAGAUUAGCUGCACCUUUCAAAUCUUUCAAUACAAAGGAAGAAAAUAUAGUUGGCAAAAUUAGUCAAGAGUAAUUUGGGAGUGAAUCAUUCAGAUUUUCUCAUGAGUAGUCUAUAUCUGAUUCAGAAUAGAUCUACACUGGCAAAACUUGCCAGAUCUUAGGAUAUUGGUGCAAUAUUGCAAUGCCUUCUAUAUGGCUGCUGUUGUAUAAAUUUUCUAGUUUCACUUUUUUUUUUUUGCUGCUGCCACCAUUGAACAUAAAACGGAAGUGUGAAGUUGUAGAAAUGUGAACUUUGUUGUUUUUUUUUGCAGUUCAAUUAGACAUAAUAUGACAUAAAACCUGAUUUUAAGACUCCAAAACUGGAGGUAUUUGAGUUUAGGAAACCGUUAGGUAUACAAGUAACUUUUUUUUUUUCCCAGUGCUGGGGACUGAACCCAGGGCACAAGUAGCUUUUAAAGAAGAGAGACAUUGGCACAUUGGUUUCAGGAAUCAAGUUAAUAAUAGUAGGGUUUUUUGUAUGUGAGGCGUAAAUUUUCAUUAAGUGGUCCUUCACUUACGUAUAAUUUCUAAAAACGGAAUUCAGUAUCUUAGUUUCCCAUGGAAUGUGGGUAAAAGUCUUUUCUUAUAUUUUAAAAAGAAUUUUAAUUAUUUUCCUUUUGAAAUUGAGGAAUUAGGUUAGCCAUUUAAUUUUUUUCUAAUACAUUAGUUCAUUUAGAAUCUUGUAUUUGUGCUGUUUUGCUUUACAAAAAAUAACGUUUUCAUUAUUUUCCUCAUCGAUGUCUUUUGCUGGAAAAGACCAAGAAAGAGCCAUCGGCCAGGGUACCGGUAUCAAAGGUUUUACACUCCAGUAGUGGUUCUCUUUAAUUGCUUAGAUAUCACUUCAUAACCCUAUUUAGGGUAACA